UGUUGCGUUGGAAGCAGAAGGAUGUGGCUGCUGACAGUGCUGGUGCCUCUUCUCAGACUGUAUUUAUGCGGAAUGAAAGUCCUCGUCUAUCAAAUGUUCAACCGGUCCUUCAGUCUUCCAGUCCUACCCAAGCAAAAUGGAAGGGUUGCCAUUGUGACUGGAGGCACCAGAGGAAUGGGUUUUGAGACAGCGAGACACCUGGCAAGCCUUGGCAUGCAUGUUAUCAUAGCUGGGAAUGAGAGAGAAGAGGGAACAGUGGCCGUCAGAAGGAUUCACGAAGAUGGUGGCGAAGGAAAAGCUGAGUUUGUCUUUGUGGAUCUGACUUCACUAAAAUCAGUUCGGCAGUUUGUUCAGACCUUCAAAGCCAGAGGUCUUCCCCUCCAUGUCCUGGUCAACAAUGCUGGGACCAUGUUGGUUCCUGAAAGACAGACCGAGGACGGCUUUGAGUUCCACUUUUGCCUCAACUAUCUCGGCCACUUCUUGUUGACCAACCUGCUGCUGGACGUGCUGAAGAGAUCAGGGAAACCGGGCUGCUGCUCCAGAAUCAUCAACAUGUCCUCUGCCACUCACUACGCAGGAGUUAUAGACAUGGAGGACUUAAAUAGGAGGAACUGCUACAGCUCCCAUGGUGCUUACUCCCAAAGCAAGCUGGCUCUGGUCCUCUUCACCUACUACCUGCAGGAGCAGCUGAUGGCCGGCGGCUUUUCCGUGACUACGAACGCUGUGGACCCCGGGAUGGUGGACACGGCACUGUACAAUAACCUGUGGAGCCUCGCGCAGGCGCUCAAGAAACCCGUGGCAAAGAUACUGUUCCGGACUCCAGCAGAGGGAGCAUCCAUAUCCAUCUAUGCUGCAGCUGCUUCUGAGAUGGAAGGACUAGGAGGCUGCUAUCUGUACAACGGUGUGAAGAGGCAGUCCUCCGACCUUUCCUACGACCCUGAACUGCAGGUGCAAAUGUGGAAAAAGAGCUGUGAGCUCGUUGGCCUUCAGAAGGCCUGAUUCGUUUUGCUGUGACCAUCACACUGGUUAGUUCCACUGGAUGUUAUCUGGCACUGACAAAUGAUACGGAGCCACUGCCUCACUUAAUUCCGUUCCAAAAUCCAAAUAUCUAGUGUUAAAAAGUAUCCACAGAUUUACAGACUAAAUUUGUCUCCCAAGCUCAGCAGCUCACGUACAUUUUUGCUUGUGAAAAACCCAAAUACAUUAGAAAAACAGUGUUCUGGACACCGUCGGAUGUCCAAUAAUAGUAAGCUAGGCUAAUUAAAGUAGGCUCCAUAGAAAUGUUGUGUGUAUAUAUAUAUAUGCUUAUACACACACACAUAUAUAUCUACAUGUGUGUGUGUAUG